AUGCCGGGGUUCGGGAUGCUUCCCCGUUCACCAUGGCAACGGGGCCCUCCACCUCUGGCAGCGGCGGCGCUGCGGGGGUGGGCAGGCGAAGGCACCCGCUGCCUUGCCGCCGCGUUGCCAUAUGCCAGGGCAGGGGCGCCUCUCGGCUCGCUCCCGCGCGGGAGACGCAACGGCCUCCCUUCGCCGCCAAGGAGCGAGGAGGUGUCCUCCGCCCCCCGCCCCGCCCCGCCUGCCUCCCGCCCCGCUCAUGCCAGGGGCGCGCCUUCACUCCUCGCCCGCAGCGACAGAGGGGGCACCCGCCCUCUCUUCACCCCACCCCACCCCGCUCUCCCGCAGCCGCUCACCCCUUUGCCGCCGUCUCCGCCGCCGCCGCCACCGGGCCGAAGCCGCAGCCGCCUCCAUCCCGGGGCUCGGCAGCCACCCCGCACCCCACCGCCCCAAUUCUCUAAUGCCGCCUCCGCUCGUGCCAGGGCCGCCUCCGCCCGCCGGGCCGCCCACUGCGUCAGCUCCGGAGGAUUGUGGUUGCACUGCAUCUAUGACAACAAGUUAAAGAUGAUCCUCUACCAGGAACACAUAAUUUCAAACAAUUUCAGCGAUCAAAAGUUCUGCAUUGAAUUUUGCAAGAUGCAACUCCACUCCGGGACCUUAGGAUGAAGGGCAGGGAAUGAAUGAAUGAAUGAAUGAAUAACACAAUGACAACAAGUUAAUUGACAGUUUUGCACAAAAGAAAUGUCAAAGGAAUGGUAUAUAUUUUCUGUACAUCUAUGAAUAUUUUACAGAAACUGUUGAAUUUUUGUUCGUUUGGUUCCUUUAAAUAAAGUUUGUUUUUCAACAUA